AUGACGUUCUCUUUUUCAGAGGGUAUUCUCGAGUAUGACACUGCUGCAACGUCUGUGCAGCGUACAGCUUGCAAAAAGACCUUGCGAGACGCGUGCCGCCAGAUUUUCACGCAGGACAAACGUGGGAAGCGUCGAGCUGCGGCCUUGGCAGUGAAGCCCUCGAAGCCGCACAAGACGAAGCAUGUUCAUGACAAGAAGAAGAUUCAUCGAGGCAGACAUUUGAUUUUCACCUUGAGACAUUCAAACUCUGCCCUGUGCCAGAAGAGGGAGUACGUUGUGUGCCCGCUUGCCCCCAAAGUCGCCAGGCAAGGUCGUAGCAGUGGUCCUGAAAGUUUCUUCGAAACGCUUCCACACGCGGAGCGGUUCUUGAAGAAAGGAUCUCACGUUGCUGCUGUAGACGGCUCCAGGGCCCUUCACAAGUGUGCGGAGGCUCUCCAGGUUCCUUCCGCGCAUGGUGUUGCCCACUUGCGUAAAGUCUUUACUCCCCUCAGCACCAUUCCGAAGAAAGGGUUGGAUGCUGCAACUUUGAAGCUUUUGCGAGACAUGUGUGCUGGUCCUGCUCCUACAGUGGCUAAGGAAACCCGUGACUCUUUCAAACUCACAGGUGGCGACAAUGUCGCCGAGAGCCUGGCGGGAGUCACUAAGCACGAGCUCAGACGCCUCAGCAAGCACAGAGGGACUGUGGAUAGGAUCGAGCAUCGCAACAUUUUGGCUGCGCACUGGAUUCACAAGAAUCCUGGCCUGAGCAAUGUCUUACGUGCACUCAAAGUGCACAAAGACAAAUGCCGAGGAUGUCGCAAGCCUACUGACGCUUUCGCACGGCCGCUGUGGCAGGACUAA